UAUCGAUAAGCCCCGACAAGCAUCCCCUCCCGUUAUCGAAGACCGAUAGGCCCCGAUAGGCUCAGUUGUAUAACCUCUGCUCGCAAAUAUUUUUUACAGGCAACUAGCAGCUCGAAUUCCGUGCAAAUAAACCUUAAAAAAUGGCUGGCGAAGGCGAGAAACUGACCGGCCUGUCGAAAAUCUUCAAUGGCUCCACCAUGAGCGGCCGUGCAAAUGUGGCCAAGGCCACGUAUGCCGUGAUGGGACUGCUGAUCGCCUACCAGGUGCUGAAGCCCAAGAAGAAGUAGAGGGAUGCAUUUGCUCCAACUCUGCUACAAACUCAUCCGCCACAACCGAUGUCUUGGAUCCGGGAAUGCGUGGAUUCCGGAUCAGUUUAUUUUAUGUGUAGUGCAAGACCUUGAAGGAAUAAAUAAGCUGAGAAUGUAACACACUGAA